UUAAAUGGGUUUAUAUGGUUAAGUUAGCUUAUUUCUAGCUGAAUUAUCGUUCCAUUUGGUUUGGGGAGGGUCAAAUUUUCACUUCCUGAUAUUCAGUCUUCCUGGGGUUUGUCCUACUUGACAGGUGAAGAAAAAUAUUGACUUCUUCUUCCUGUUUGGUGCAAAGAGUUGUUACUGAUCUCCUAGUGAUUCUGGUGGGCUUAGAAGAGAGAGGGUACUGAAUUGUGGAGAAGCCAUUAUAUAUUCGACCCAAGAGUCCUUUCUUAUUUUACAUUAACUUUCAUUGUUUUUUGGCCAAUCUAUUGGAUUCUUGUGGAUGAGAUUGGAGAAACACCUUAAGAGCUUCAGGUUUGAGAAGAAAUUGAAGCUGAAUUAUGGGUUCUGUUUGUUGCUGUUUGCAAGUUGAGGAUUUCGAAGAAUAUGUAAAUCCUAGCAGUUCAGUUUACAGAAACUGUAUAUGUCUCAGAUGCUUUGUUCAGAACUUCUUAAAUGCGUACACAUCAUUAUUCGGAAGAGGGGAGGUGCAUGCCAUCCCUUCAUCGAUUCAGGGGGCUACUUCUUUGACUUCAACAUCUUCAAUUGACAGUUCUCUGUCUGACAUGUACCGUUCUCCUCCAAGGCCUCUGCCUUGUGAUGCUGAUCCCAGACGUUUCCGUUCACAGCGUGAUGGGCUGGUCUCAAGACGUGAAAAGGGCUCAAGCCAUUCCCAUGAGGAAUCUGAGCCACUUAGAGCAAGUGACACAGAUGCAGAUCAAGAAUCUUUAAGUGCAGGAGACAAAUGGAAUGAAUCAGAUUGUGACGGGGGAUCAAAAGAACGUCGUUCUGAGUCCUCACUGAAGCAAUCGCUGGCAAAAAUGAUGGGUGGAGUUGGGUAUGUUUAUUCCUCUGCAGAAGAGGAAGAUUUCUGCCCUACAUGUCUAGAGGAAUAUACUCCAGAAAACCCCAAGAUAGUGACAAAAUGCUCUCACCAUUUCCACCUUGGUUGUAUAUAUGAAUGGAUGGAGAGAAGUGACAGCUGUCCAGUCUGUGGAAAGGUGAUGGUCUUUGAUGAAACUACUUGAUCCCCCUUGGAAGCUUCAAUUCAGAGAUGAAGCCUGCAACAGAAAAACAAGAAAUCGGAAAAAACAAAAAAGAAAAAAAGAGAAAAAUUGUAAAGUCGUUGUGAAUAUCCCAGGUGAAAGAAGUCUUCCAUCAACAAUACGGAUGUCGAAGGUCCGAAUAUAUAUAUGUUGAGAAGAGGGGUUCUAUAUACCCAUUGUAUGUACACGUUUUAAGUUGCAUUUCUUAUCCUUCCUUUCACUUUCUCAAUUACAUUGAAUACCUCUCUGGAUAUAGUUACUUUAAAUUAGAUUUAUUUACAGAAGAAAUGAAAAUCUUAUGUUCUGAAGAGAAAACUUAUAUAACAUGAGAUGGAGAUGUGCUUAUUUCCUUACCUUGGGUUGUAGACACAGGGUUAUCAGAAAAUCCUUAACAAUAUAUAUAGAAAGAGUUUUGAGG